AGAGCGGCUACACGGGAGACUUUACGGUGGCACUGCUGUGCUGUUCUAACCAUGGAUCCUGAGUUGCUGACCAUUGUGGUGAUGAACGUUAUGAACACAACACGGCUGGUCCUGCAUUAUUUCAUGAGCUGCGAAACAGAGAAUGACUCGGUGGUGCCUGCCCUGCUGGCUGCCAUGGAAACAAAUAAUUCAAGAUUGCUGCUGGCAUUCACGGAACAGCUGCACGCGGUGGACCGUCGGUACUGGGCUCGGGAAACAAGCACUGAGUGGUGGGAUCGCAUCGUGAUGCAUGUCUGGGAUGAUGAGCAGUGGCUGCAGAACUUUCGGAUGCGCAAAUCCACCUUCCUGGAACUGUGUGCGGAGCUCGCCCCAGCACUGCGGCGCAAGGAUACCAGAAUGAGAGCUGCCCUCACUGUUGAAAAGCGAGUGGCGAUUGCUGUGUGGAAGCUGGCAACUCCAGACUGCUACCGGUCAGUCGCAAAGCAGUUUGGAGUUGGAAAGUCCACUGUGGGGGCUGUGGUAAUGCAAGUGUGUAGGGCCAUUAAUCGCCUCCUGCUACGAAGGACUGUGACUCUUGGUAAUGUGCAGGAAAUAAUUGAUGGCUUUGAGGCAAUGGGAUUUCCUAACUGUGGAGGGGCAAUAGAUGGAACUCAUAUCCCAAUUUUGGCCCCAGACCAUCUUGCGAGGGAGUAUAUCAACCGAAAGGGCUACUUUUCUAUGGUCUUGCAGGCGCUGGUGGAUCACCGGGGCCGUUUCACUGACAUCAACGCAGGGCGGUCAGGGAAGGUGCAUGAUGCACACAUUUUUCAGAACACUGGACUGUAUAGAAAGCUGCAUUCUGGAACGUUCUUUCCAGACCAGAAGAUUCCAAUGGGGGAUGUUGAAAUGCCCAUAGUGAUCCUGGGAGACCCCGCCUAUCCCUUGCUGCCAUGGCUCAUGAAGCCUUACACUGGGAAACUAGACAGCAGCAAGGAGCGCUUCAACAACAGACUCAGCAGGUGCCGAAUGACCGUUGAACGUGCCUUUGGCCGAUUAAAAGGUCGUUGGCGCUGCCUUUUUGGCCGGUUAGACCUCGAUGAGGAAAAUAUUCCCAUGGUCAUUGCGGCAUGCUGUAUUCUGCAUAAUAUUUGUGAAGUGAAGGGGGAAAAGUUUCCCCAGGAGUGGAGCGCUGAAGUUGAACGGCUGGCUGCUGAUUUUGAGCAGCCAGAUACCAGGGCAAUUAGAGGGGCACAGUGUGUGGCUAUUCGAAUCAGGGAGGCCUUGAAAGAGCAUUUUGACCAUGAUUCCCAGUAAUGUGUCUAAGCAUUUGGCCAGGCAUUGUUUACUUGCUGCCUUGAAUGGUCCCUGUAGUGCUUGCUUCCUGAGCUUUAAUUGUAGUGAGCAAAUGUUCCUGCCUUUAGCCACUGUGUUUAAAUGUUAGCACCGACUAACGUGUAUAUGACACAAAUAAAAAGUCAGUUUGUAUCAAAGAAGAAA